AUGAGUUCUCCAUCGUCGCUCAAGCUGCUGGCAAUAAAAAGUCUGCUGAAAGAUGAAGCCUUGUCUCUCUCUGCUCUGAAGACUUUGCCCAUGGAACUCUUCCCGCCAGUAUUUAAAGUCGCCUUCGAUGGCAAACAAACAAACAUCCUGAGGGCCAUGGUGGCAGCCUGGCCCUUCAGAUGCCUUCCUGUGGGAGCCCUGAUGAAGACUUCUGACCUGGAGAUUUUGAAGGCUGUGCUGGAUGGCCUUGACCUGCUCAUUAAACAGAAGGCUCAACCUAGGGCUUGCAAACUAGAAGUGCUUGACCUUCGGGAUUUCCAACACAACUUCUGGAAGGUGUGGGCUGGAACAGAGGAUGUUGAGUGCUCUCCAGAUGUCAUUAGUGAGAGGCAAUCAGCGGUGUGUCAUACCAUAAGACGGGGAAAACAGGUUGUGACUGUGAUGAUGAACCUUUCCCUCAAGUCCAGGGAUCUCUGUAAAUCCCUAAAAUAUUUCCACUGGUGGGCCAAGCAGAGGAAAGAUGUGGUGCAGGUGAUCUGUGAAAAGGUGGAGUUUGGGGCCCUCCCUGCCUAUAAGCCACUAAAGCUGCUGGAGGUAUUUGAGCAAAGCUCUAUACAGGAGUUGGAAGUGAAUGCACGCUGGGACCUGAGAACCCUUGCGAUGUUUGCCGCUGGCCUGGGUCAGAUGAGAAAUCUUCAGAAACUCCUUAUCAAUGAAAUCUUCACACCUUUGGAGUGGUUUAGGGACCAAGAGAGGAAAGAAUGGUGUUUUACAGAGAUCAUUUCCCAGUUCUCCCAACUCAACAAGCUCAAGAAUCUCUAUUUGAAUGGUGUCUUCUUCCUCCAUGGUAGACUGGACCGAGUGCUCAGGAACUUGGAGAGUCCUUUAGAGAUCCUUGCAAUCACUCGCUGCAUGCUAUCAGAAGCAGAUAUGAUGCAUCUUUCCCAGUGUCUAAGCGUUCAUCAACUCACACAUCUGGACCUGAGUGGUGUCAGCUUUUUAAAUUUAAGUCAUGCUCUUCUAGGAAGACUGCUAGAGAGAUUGACAGGUACACUACGGACAUUAAAAUUGAAGGGAUGUAAGCUCAUGGAUUUCCAAAUCGGUGUUCUUCUCCCUGCCCUGAGCCAGUGUUCCCAGCUGGUUGAGGUGAAUUUUGUGAAGAACUUCCUGUCUGUGUCCAGUCUUCAGAAGCUGCUGCAGCACACUGCUAACCUUAAAAAACUGACCCUAGAGAUGUACCCUGCCCCUGAUGAAGUCUAUGAUGACAUUGGUGAUGUCCUGCCAGACAGAUUUGCCCAACACUGUUUUGAGCUCUUGGAAACAAUCAGAGGUAUAAGAGAGCCGAGAGAGAUCUAUUUUGUGAGUAAGAGAUGUCUUGAUUGCCAGGGUUUCUGUGUGUAUGACAAGGAGGCCUCACUAUGUUCAUGUUGGGAAUAAAGGAUGAGAUAUCACUGCUGGACUCUGAGAAAUGAAAGCCAGGACUCAAGUGACUCAUCAGAGACACAGAGGAUGUCUAUUCAAGGGGUUUCAGAUUUAUAUGAAAACAAUAUAGUUUCAUUGAUUCAGACAAGAUAGAAAAGCACUGAGCUCGAGAAUCAGUGGCUCCUUAACUGCUGAGGGCCAACAGUGAAGUCCCAGCCUCGGACAGGAAAACGGAUUUGAAAAUGGAAGGGAUUGCAUCCCAGUGUAAUCAGGGAAUGAGAGACCAUAGACACAGGGAAGAGUAGAAAGACAGGAGAGUACAAAGAGCACAAUGGACUGGAUGAGUUUUGCUCCAUGUCUCUGUUUUUGUUUGGUCUCCAUCUUUUUCUUGUCCACCUUACAUAAAAAUUUGUAAUGUAUGCAUGUAUGUGUCUUUUAUGAAAAAUAACCUUCUCAGGGGAAUGAACUGGUUUUGAACAUACAGUACUGUCACUAUUCAGCCUGAUCUCUCUUCCUCUGGUUUCAAGAGGGAUGUAAGCUGGAUGUCAUUUCCUCCACAGUCAUUAGCAUUACAGUU